AUGGGCGAGAUGAGCGGCCGCCGGGAUCCAACUAGGAUCACCAGCUUCGGACUGAGCAAAUCCUGUGAGCGCUUUCCUCGCAUCACUACCGAGGUACGCAAACCUUGCCGGAAGAACCGGUUGGACACGGUGGACCCGGACCCAUACGUCUCCAAAAGCACCAAGAUGGGCUGGACUCACACUUCAUGCCCCGAACGUGCCUCAGCCGACGUGAACCCUCAGGUCGUGGAACGCGCGGUUCGGCUACAAGCGGAGGUUGGCCAGGAGUUCCUGGACAACCUGACUUCGCGGGGGCGCAAGAAUAAAGCUUCGGUGCCUAAGGCCGGCACCAGCGAAGCUCCCCCAGCCAAACGCUCCAAGAAGGAUGGUAGCGGUAAGCCUUACAGCACAAAGUGGCACCGCAGCCAGAUGCCGAUAGCCAGCGGGCCUGCCCUGAGCCUCACCAGGAGCGCACCAGGCAUGCCGUCGGAAGCUCCUGCCGAUGCUACCAGGACUUCGCCUCCUCCUCAAUCAAGCCCGGCACCCUCUGGUGCCGGCAAGUCUUCGGCCUCCCCUCUGGGAGGCACCACAAGUUCGGGGCGCGCGGCCCCAGAAACUUCACAUCACCGCGCGGAGGAGGAUUUCUUUUCCCCUCCUAAUACAGAAGAUACCGGCGCCAUCAACAUCGGCGCCGGAAACAAAGAAGCGGAGCGGGCGGAACCUCCGGUUCCCCCUUCUCCCAAGAAGAAGAAGAAGAAGGCUGCUGCCUCCCCCGCCAAGACCGUGCCGGAAACCUCCGCGCCGGCAAGCUCUCCACCGGCAAAGGAAGCACCUAAAGCUCCUCCUCCGGCAACCUCGACCGGCAAGCCGGCUCCCCCGGGAGGCGCUCCUCUUACCGCCCAGCAACUUCCUGCGGUGGUGACGGCGGCGACCGCGCCACUUUCCGGGUCGCAGUCGCUGGUUCUUCAUGCCGACCGCGCCGCUGUCAUAGCCGGUGAGAAGGCCUCAGCCCAGCUGGGCCGGAUCACCGAGCUCACCCGCGGCGAAGUCAACUUGGGCCUGCUGCAGGCGUACGCGGAGAAGUGGAACCUGGCGGAUUUAUCCCUGGCCACUCGCGGCUUGAGCAAGGAGAAGCUACCGGUUGCUGAUCCUUCCGGCCCGCGGAGCUCAGCCCAACACCUGAGCCGGCUAAAACACGCCGUCAAGGAAUUCGACCUUGCGUGGCACGAUGUUAGCGGCAACGUGGUGGGCACGCUGGACAGCCGGAAGCAGCUCUUCGAGGAGCUUAUGUGGGAGCAUCGGUUUCUCUCCGAGGCCCAUAGCAAGUGCCAAGCUGCGCUUCCGGAAGCCGCCUCCGAGGACCUCUCCGCCCAGCUUUCCGUGCUUAAAGCUGAACAGGAGCGGCUUGCCCUUGAGCACCGCAAGGCCCUGGACGCUCAGGAGAAGAUCUCUUCUGAGUUGAAGGAUAAGCUUGUGCAAGCUAAGCUCCGGCACGCGCGGGAGCUGAAGGAGGCCCAGGCCGCUGCCGAAACUAAGCUGGACGAAUCGCUCAAGGACUUCACCGAUUCGAGCGCACAACUGCGGAAGGAGCUGGAGGAGGAGACUCGGUUGCGAAAGGAAGCGCAAGCCCGGAAUGCCACCCUCACUACGGACCAGGCUGAGUAUGACCGGUUGGUCAUUCAAGCCGACAAGCUGGCCCUCAACCUCUUCCCGGAGUCUCAGUCGCACGCCUACGCGAAGGUGACAGAGCGCAGGGAUGAGCAAGCUUUGAGCAAUCCUGAUGCGCCCUAG